AUGUCAACACACGAAAUUACACAAAUACUUGAACGUCUGGCAUACUUAGAAGAUUCUAAUGCUUCACUAAGAACUAAAGUUGCUUUAUUGGAAGAUAGGCUCGAAUCCUUGACCAACAAUUGCGAGGCGGAACUAGCUCUGUCAACUAGAGACAACGCUCGGACUUCGAUGAUGUUAUUGCCUGCAACUGGGGACCGUGACAUCAAACGCCCUUCACUCCAUGGGAAGCCAGAAGGUUGGAAUCAGUCGACGAAAUGCUUCAAGGGGGUGUUGGCCGCACACUUUACUGGAGGUGACCUCGACAAAGCUGAAUUGGUGUACAAGGCAGUGGACAAUUUUGACCAAUGA